CGCAAUGGGGCCCGAAUACUUCAGGGUGAUUCAUGAUAAACAGGUCAGGGUUUGCAGAAUAUGUAUCCAGCCAGGGCACAUCCUUAAGGACUGCCCAGAUUUCCUCUGCCAUUCCUGCGGGCAGCAGGGACACUACGCGAGAGAAUGUUCGGGGAAAAGAAAUGAGGAUAAAUGUGCAAUAUGUUCCUUCACAAUGGCUAAUUGCAUCUGUGAGGCUACUGAGGCUGAGAGAGAGGACUCUGUGUUUGUGAAUGACGAGCUGAGCUCUGAAGGAGGAAGCGGGGGCGAAAAUGAAAUGGAAGAGGGGACAAGUUUGGAAAAAAAGUGUGCAGGACAUCUCAGGCUAUCAUGGACCUGACAAUGAGAGCACGGGUGAGGAAAUAUCCGACAUGACCGGAGACCACCCACUGGAAACACACGUGUCCAUGGCGGGCUCUGCAGAAGAGACUGUAGAGGGUGAACUUCAAGGUUCUGAUGGGGUACGGGAGGGAGAGAGGCGGGAUGAGUGUGUCGCCUCUUCUUCCCCUGGGACCACAGACCUCACCUCUCUAGGCCAGGACGGACCCUCUCAGCAGCACCUGCAGUCCUGUCAGGUCCCCUCUUCAGCUCAGCACCUCCAACCAGACUCAAACUCUGAUCCAGACAUGGAAGCUGAACUCUCAACUAUCAUAGCAAAUAGGAAAAGAACAGUUUCUUUAGAACAGAAGAAAAA